CAAGCCACUUUCACAGAGAGAGAGAGAGAGAGAGAGAGAGAGAGAGAGAGAGAGAGAGAGAGAGAGAGAGAGAGAGAUGGGUUAUUACAUGGGUUUGAUUGGGUGUGUGGUUGUUGGUCUUAUAGCCUCUUUGCUUGAGUGCACUGCUGCCGGGACAACCCAUGUUGUUGGUGGCGAUUUGGGAUGGACCAUCCCAACAUCUGGAGCUCAGUUCUACAUUAAUUGGGCUGCACCUAAGACGUUCAUGCAUGGCGAGACUCUAUCCUUCAAUUUCAAUGCUCAGAUGCAUGACGUUGCCCAGGUAACAAAGGCCGACUAUGAUGCCUGUACCUACGCCAACCCCAUCGGUGCCAUCAUAAGAACGAGCCCUGCAAAUGUUCCUCUCAACACCACCGGCGAUCACUACUACAUCUGCACAUUCCAGGGGCACUGUGCAGCUGGCCAGAAGCUAGCCAUUAAUGUCGUCUCCUCUGGUAGUGUCGCCCCAUCACCAACACCGACAGUUACAACUGGGCCAUCAUCCCCACCUACAGGAUCCACUGAACCUCCAUGCCCGCCCGACGUUCCCACCAGCCCAUCUCUCCCACCGAUGGAAUUUACAGGCCCUUCCACCCCACCAACACCGACUGUUACGACUGGGCCAUCAGCCCCACCUACAGUGUCCACUGAACUUCCAUGCCCGCCCACUGUUUCGACGAGCCCAUCUCUCCCACCGAUGGAAUUCACAGGCCCUUCUGCCCCACCGACAAUGGAGCCCGGCUCUGCAUCCUCUCUUGCAGUCAGUUUCGGAGUUAUGGGCUUGAUCACGAUCUUGUCUGUCAUCUUCGUGUAGACACAGUAUUUAAUUACCAGAAAGUAAUCGCUGAGAGCUCACGGAUUUCCAUAUGUUUUCUUUUAGAUUUGUUUUACUUGGUAGAUGAUGCUACCUCGUCGGUGCUAGUUUUGGUGGAUUUCAUACAUCUCACUCCACUGAUUGUGACACGUGCGCAUGUUUUAUUCAUUAGAUUAUUGAGUUGAUUGUCUGAUAUAGAUGCGUUUACAUCGUGUGGAUGUUAUUAUUUCAUGGAUGUUAUGUAAAUGUACACACGUUAUAGUCAAUAAUGAUAUGUUUCCGAUAAUCCUCCAGUAA